AUGGCGAUGUUUCUACUUCUCAAGGAAGGUAUCAGAUUGGGUUUACAUCUGCACCCCUUUGAAGUUUGUUCAGAUUGUCAAUUAGUGUUCAAUACACUUUGGGGAGCUCAUCGAAUUGAUCUAGAUGAUAGGAAUGCUGAUCUUUUGAAGUUGCUAAAGUAUAUGAGGAGGUAUUACACAAGUUUGAUCCCCGAAUGGCAGCAAAGGGAGAAGAUGUUUUGGGUUGAUGGCUUGAUGAGGGUAAUGAAGUUAGAAGGACCUGACACUAAUGUGGACCUCCGAAGCCUUCUGAAAAAGGUGAAAAGUUACCUUAGUGGGAAGCCGCUGUUUAAAUUCACGCAAAAACAAGGCUCCUUCAACAGUUUGAUUAAGAAAAUAAGGGAGGAGUCAAGGCAGUCAAGUCUUCUAGACUCGCAGCAGUCAAGUCCUCCUCUAGACUCGCAGCAGUUAAGUCCUCUGGACUUGCACCAAAGAUACCAGUCAGAAGUUGAAGAAAAGGAUAAAGCAGAUAUAUUGUCCCACAUUAUUACAGCACUGAGACCGUCCAAGGUUUUUAUUGUGAUGAAGGAAUCUCAGUCUGAAGCUAGAAGUAAGAUCUUGAAAAUGUAUGAGGACUGCAGAAUUGAGGAGACUAGUGAAGACAAAGAAAAGAAGAGAAGCCCCCAUCCUAACACUAAGUGGUCUCAAAGCUUUGACAAGCUGUUCAUAGUAGUUGAGUUGCCUGAGGCAAAGGAUAUUAUGCUGGAUUUGAAGCCUGAGGGCCAUUUUCACUUCUCUGCAAUGGGAGCUGAUGACAUGCCAUACGAGCUUGACCUCGAGCUAUUUGACGCUAUUAACCUUGAGAAGCUGGAUAUCAGAGCUGCAGCUUCUGAUCUUCAGAAUGAUGAAAACGAAGUGAUGAACGAAGCUAAUGAAGUUCGGUCAGAAAAAAAAGCUAAUGAAGAUGUGGGAGGAAGUAUGGUGGAGCAGAGUAAGGGGGAGGAAGCCCCGACAGGAGCUGCAAAGGAAGAGAAGCCAUGA